UUGCAAAAAAAGAUUCCAAAUAUUAACCCAAUUAAUAAUCCCUGGAACAAUGAGAUUUCUGAAAAUUUUUUAGAUCAACCUAAACAUAUCGAAAAUGAUAUUAAUAUAGAAUUAACUAUUCAAAGCCAAUAUGAGUUAAUCAAAUUUAGAAAAGCUGAGCUAGAAGAAGAUAAAAAGAUUUUUAAAUCUUUAUUAGAUAUUGUUUUAGAUAAUAUUGAGAAUGAUCACUUUUACAAUGCAUACCAAAAACUUAAACAACCCUUAGUUACUGAAACAAACACCUGUCAAGAAGCCUUAAGAGCAAGAAGUCAACAACAAACUUGGAAGCCUCCUCGUGGCUCAAAGCUCGCAUUUUAG